GCAGACCCUAGUCUUGCCGCGGCGGUCGCCGAACGUGCAACGGCAUGGUGUUCUUUAUUUCUUGUGCUUGACUUCAUUCACUUAUUUCAAUUAAAUAACUGCCAAAGCAUUUUAUUGUUACUUUAAACAAAGCUUUUUAUUAUCAUUUUAUCCUCCAUUCUCCUCAAUCCCCUCCUAUUUUUCCUUCAUAGUAGAUUCUGUGAUGUUUUAUUAAAAUGUGACGAAAUAUCGAGUGACAAGACGAACGGAGUGAUUAGGAGGAAGAAAAGAGGAAAGGCAAGAAAUAUAUAUACAUAUAUAUGUAUAUGUAUAUAUAGGUAUACGUAUAUAAGUAUAUAGAUAUAUAUAUAUAUACAUAUAUAUGUAAAAGAAGCUUGGACAUACUUCGCGAAUAUACACAUUAUUACGUCCAAUUCUUCAUCUUCCUCGUUCUCAUAUUUUACUUCGAUAAGAAGAAUAUUGAAGAGAAGAAGUGAAGAAUCGUUCCUUCGAACGAUCUGUGGCCGCGUGGCCAGACACUCUACGCGUACUUUCUACUUACCCAGGUGUCCUCGGAUUGCUUGGUUUCGAUACGCGAUGGAGGAUCGCGACGAUCAUGCUGGGACAUCUUUGAGAAUUCGAUCUCCUGGGAGCGUGAUUCCUCAAGCUCGCUAAAAGGAUGCAGAAAGAGAGAAAAAGAGAGGCACAUUGGCCAGUUCAUCGAUCUGAUGCAUCGUUAAUGAAUAGAAACCUGAACUGUUCUAUAAUAAUGGCCGAGAGGAACUCAUAGAGGUUCCUUUCUUCUACUUAAGACUCUCAAAAGAAGAAGAAAAGUAAGAGAGAUAGAAGAAUUUGAUAAAAUAAGAAGAUGGAACUGUAUAAAGAGCAACAGCAAUGGCAGCAAAGACUGCAGAGGCAUUGUCACCAGCGACAGCUGGUAAUAGAGACAAAGUUCGUUGACGUAAAGCCGAUGAAGUAUCGCGUCAUUCGUGCGGGAAUUUUUCUGUGAUCGGACUGGUAGACCUGUGACUGGAAAGAAAAAAAAAGGAAGAAAGAGUUUGAGAUAAAAAUAGAUAAGAAAUAAAUCGCAGAGUUAGAAAAAACGACUAGAACGAUGCAUCACAGUGGAGGUGUUGGUUACGGCAGUGGCCCUCAAGAACGAGUACAUCAGGUGCCUCGUACAGCUACCCAAACCGACAAAUAUCCCUUUGAGGGCUAUCAAGGUCCUAUACCCGAUUGUUGUGCCGCUGCUGCGGCUGUCCAGGAUCCCUAUCCUAGACCGCCAAGUGGAUACGAUGGCAGGUGCUACGAUGAGUAUCAUCGUACGACACCUUAUCAGGAUGAUUCUUACUCUCAGGAUGUUCCCCCGACCUUCCAUCGACCCCAGUCCAGACUGGGAUACGAGGAAUGUCCACAAUCUCGCGUAGGAUAUACCUCGGAUUCCAGGUGUGCCAGUGGACUCGGGUACGAUGACACGGGCGGGGGUUACCUGGAUCAGACUGACCCAAGGAUGUAUUGCACCGGCGGUUAUUGCAUGGGGGAUACUAUGAUGGCCACUAGCAGAGGUGUCUGCGGCGAGGAAGUUGAACUCGACAUGCGAAGGCAUAUUCAAGCUUGUGCCUGCACCUGUAAUCAUAUGGGAUAUGGAAAUUAUAUGGACUAUCAGACUACGUGCCUAACACAACUGCCAGACGUGGCACCGUGCAAUGGCACUGUGCGAAUACCACCACCGUGCGAGGAUUCACCAAGCAGUGGAAGCAGCAAGGAUCGUAUGGAUGAAAGUCCUCGGAGAAGAUGCCGAGUUUUGACACCUAUCCUAUUUCUGAUAGCGGCUUUGGUUCUUGGUGGUUUGUGCUUACCACUCUUGUUACAAUCUGUACCUGUCACGCAUCAGCAGAGACUAGACGUGAUAAGGAGGAUUCUCACUGAAGUGCCUCUAAUCGAUGGGCAUAACGAUUUGCCCUGGAACGUAAGAAAGUUCGUACAUAAUCAACUGGGUGAAGUUAACUUGAGUAGCGAUCUCGGAAGAGUAGACCCUUGGGCCAGAUCGGACUGGAGUCAUACAGAUAUUCCUAGAUUGCGCGCUGGCCUCGUUGGUGCACAGUUCUGGGCCGCUUACGUUCCCUGCGAUGCAGCACAAUUAAACGCGGUUCAACUUUCUCUCGAACAAAUUGACGUAAUUCGUCGAUUAGCUGAGAUGAAUGCUCAACAUUUAACUCUGGUUACUUCUGUCAAAGGCCUGAUCGAGGCACAUCGCGACGGAAAAAUUGCAAGUCUGAUCGGAGUCGAAGGUGGUCAUUCUCUUGGGAAUUCUUUAGGUGUUCUCAGAACAUUUUACGGCUUGGGGGCACGAUAUCUUACUUUGACGCAUGCCUGUGACACUUCCUGGGCAGUAUGUUCAGUUGGCGAGAUGAAUAACACUCAGGACGAGACACCUGGACUCAGCGAAUUUGGAAAGGCAGUAGUAAGGGAAUUGAAUAGGUUGGGCAUGCUGGUGGAUCUCUCUCAUGUUUCCACAAGGACGAUGAGAGCGGCACUGCAAACGACUAGGGCACCAGUGAUUUUCUCUCACAGUGCUGCAAGGGCACUCUGUAAUUCCAGUAGAAAUGUACCGGACGACGUACUCAGAAAUCUAGCAAAAAAUGGUGGAGUGGCGAUGGUUCCAUUUUAUACGUAUUUCAUAACGUGCAACAACACCGCCACCAUUAAGGAUGUUAUUGCACACAUUAAUCACAUACGAAAGGUGGCAGGGAUCGAUCACGUUGGAAUAGGAGCUGGCUUCGAUGGAAUAAACUUCACUCCCAUUGGCCUGGAAGAUGUAUCAAGAUACCCUCAAUUACUGGCAACGCUCUUAGAGGAUCCAACGUGGACCGAAGAAGACAUCAAAAAAUUAGCUGGCCUCAAUUUACUAAGGGUAUUCGCUAAAGUUGAACAGGUACGCGAUGAAUGGCACAGAGCGGCGGUUUUACCGGUGGAUAAAAUUAGUCCACCAGAUAACUCGGCCUGUGCAUACGGAGUGUCCUGAUCUUCUUCAUUUCGGGCAUUGACAUCAAGAUAUUUAGAAUUCGUACGAACGUCGAAAAUUCGACAUGUCUUGCGCUUCUACAAAACCAUUUAAAAAGUGCAAACAUAAAGAAGAGGAAGAAGAAAAAGAUGAAGAAGAAGAAGAAGAAGAAGACAAAAAUAACCGAGAGUUUGUUCCUUUAUGAAAAAACUCCUUCCUGGUCUUCCAAAGACCCUAUCGCGCCUUAAUGGAAAAGAAAGCUUAAUGGUUAUUGGAUAAUCUGGAAUAAAAAAAAAAACACACCUUCAGAACAUCUAUGUUUCCUCUAUCGACGACUAUCACAUUUUCUAUUUCCUCUGAUUAAAAUAUUACUGAAAUUCUAUUUGAAUUUUCAUCUACUUUCA